CUCCCACAACCCGUCAACACAAAGAUCAAGCACUCCACCUCUUGCUCUACCACCGUUGCAUCUCAAUCCAAACACAAAUCGUCCGAUCAAGAACCCGCAAACCAUCAAAAUGCGUGAAAUCGUUCAUCUCCAGACUGGCCAAUGUGGCAACCAGAUCGGAGCCGCUUUUUGGCAAACCAUCUCCGGAGAGCAUGGCCUUGAUGGCUCUGGCGUCUACAAUGGCACGUCUGAUCUUCAGCUUGAGCGCAUGAAUGUCUACUUCAACGAGGCCUCCGGCAACAAGUAUGUUCCUCGUGCCGUGCUCGUUGAUUUGGAGCCCGGUACCAUGGAUGCUGUCCGUGCCGGUCCUUUCGGCCAACUCUUCCGUCCCGAUAACUUCGUCUUCGGUCAAUCCGGCGCUGGUAACAACUGGGCUAAGGGACAUUACACUGAGGGUGCUGAGCUUGUCGAUCAAGUUCUCGAUGUCGUACGUCGCGAGGCCGAGGGCUGCGACUGUCUUCAAGGUUUCCAAAUCACCCACUCUCUCGGUGGUGGAACUGGUGCUGGUAUGGGAACGCUCUUGAUCUCCAAGAUUCGUGAGGAGUUCCCAGACCGCAUGAUGGCUACUUUCUCCGUUGUGCCAUCCCCCAAGGUCUCCGACACCGUUGUUGAGCCAUACAACGCCACCCUCUCCGUCCAUCAGUUGGUCGAGAACUCCGAUGAGACCUUCUGUAUCGAUAACGAGGCUCUCUACGACAUCUGCAUGAGAACCCUCAAGCUCUCCAACCCCUCUUACGGAGAUCUUAACCACUUGGUCUCUGCUGUCAUGUCCGGUGUCACCACCUGUCUCCGAUUCCCCGGUCAGCUCAACUCUGAUCUCCGAAAGUUGGCUGUCAACAUGGUUCCCUUCCCUCGUCUCCAUUUCUUCAUGGUUGGCUUCGCUCCUCUUACCAGCCGUGGUGCUUACUCAUUCCGUGCUGUCACCGUCCCAGAGUUGACCCAGCAAAUGUUCGACCCGAAGAACAUGAUGGCUGCCUCUGAUUUCCGCAAUGGUCGUUACUUGACCUGCUCUGCUAUCUUCCGUGGUAAAGUUUCCAUGAAGGAAGUCGAGGACCAGAUGCGCAACGUCCAGAACAAGAACUCCUCCUACUUCGUCGAGUGGAUCCCCAACAACGUUCAGACCGCUCUUUGCUCCAUCCCUCCCCGUGGUCUGAAGAUGUCUUCUACCUUCGUUGGUAACUCCACCUCCAUCCAGGAGCUCUUCAAGCGUGUCGGUGACCAGUUUACUGCCAUGUUCCGACGAAAGGCUUUCUUGCAUUGGUACACUGGUGAGGGUAUGGAUGAGAUGGAGUUCACUGAGGCUGAAUCCAACAUGAACGAUUUGGUCUCCGAGUACCAACAGUACCAGGAUGCUUCCAUCUCCGAGGGUGAGGAGGAGUACGAAGAAGAGGCGCCAUUGGAGCAAGAAGAGUAAAUGCUUCAACUUUGCAACACCACUGGGCGGCGUGGUGCCGUGAUCAUGCCGAGCUUUAUGUGAGCAAGGUUCAUAAUCUCUGAUGGGUCGCUGUUAUUUUUCAUUUGUUGGCUUCGAUAGUGGUGGUGCUUUUACGAAGAAUGAGUGGAGGAGAUACCUCAUCACGCCAUGGAGUGGUUGAUAGCGAUGAUUGAGUAGAAAUACAAGACUAAUACAGUCCG